UCGCGAAACCACGGCGACGGCGGCAGCAACAAAAUGACAGUGACGUACGGUGUCGAGAAGUGUCCGGCCAAGUUCGACGAGUACCGGUGCACGCUGCCGGACCAUUAUCGCAAACUAGCGGCCGAGCAGCUGCGGGAGGAUGACCUGAUCCGUAAACAGGCACUCGACCAGAUGCGCCAGUGGAUCGCGAAACACCCGUACAUCCGGCGGUGCCGCACGGAUGCUGUGUUUCUGUUGCGCUUCCUGCGCCAGCGCAAGUUCUCGAUCCCGAAGGCGUGCGAAAUGCUCGAGCGCUACCUGGCCCUUCGCCAGUCGUUCCCACACUGGUUCCAGGGACUCGACCCCUACGACCAGAGGAUGAUGCAGCUCAACGACGACGAAGUGUUCCACGUGUUGGGUUUCGACUCCAAGGGCCAGAUCGUGAUCCUGAUCAAAUCGCGCAAUUUUCGCGUCGAUCGGUACGAUCUGGUCGAUCUGAUCCGUUUCCUGCACAUGAACAUGGAGAUCCUGUCGUGCGACGAGCUUGUCCAGGUGGCCGGCGUUGUGCUGGUGGUCGACUGCUACGAGGCGUCUAUGGCGCACUUUACGCUGUUCCGACUUAGCGAAAUGCGCCACAUCGGGCCGUACAUAAACCAACUGCUCCCGAUCCGGUGCCGGGAGAUCCACGUUAUCCGGCUUCCGAAGGUUGCUGCCUCGAUCGUCGAUCUGCUGUUCGCCUACGUUAGCCCCAAGCUGAAGCACCGGUUCUUUUUCCACAAAACUAUCAACGAAGUGGUGAAGCACCUUCCGGCGGCCAUUCUUCCGGCCGAGUACACUAACGAGGACGUCGAACCGAAAUCGUUGACGCACGUUUACAGCAAACGGACCAUGGAUAGCCGCGAAGAGCUGAAGACGAUGGACCAGAUGGAGAUCGAUGUGGCAAAGUUUUCGUCGGUGUGGAACAAAAACCUGCCCACCGGAUGUGCCCCGGGCGGCAUCGAUGCGGGGAUGGUGGGCAGCUUCCGCAAGCUGGAUAUCGAUUGAUCGUGCCGGGGCACACUGUGUCACGGAUCACGUUUGUACUGUGUUAAUCUAGGGUGUAGUCACCAGCGACCCCAGGAAUGUGCGCGCGUGCCGAGAGGUUUCUAUACUUGUUCCACAACGUGUCACAAAUACUGAGUGUGUGACCAACAGGAGAGGGGUCCUGGCAUGCUUGGCUUUCUGGUUUCCUUUGCUUUCGAUAGUGGUCGAGGUUUCCAAUCAACACGGGCUGGGUCCCGGUGCUACACUCUUUUAGGUUGUAAGUUUACGACAUGUUACGUUUUUCCUUAAAUGGUUUUACGCUGUUUCGUCAUUAGUGUUAGGAGCACAAAUAGUAGUACAGAGCACCACAGUAAGCAAAUAUUGUUUUCAUCACACUCAUAAUAAA